AUGGCUCACAGCAGCAUCCACAGCCUCUUCGCCCUCGCUCUCCUGGGCCUUUGCUUAGCUGCUGUCCACACAGAGACCGUCUCCGAUCUGCCUCCCACACCGCAAAGCGAGAGCUUAGAAACGUCAUCAGGGGGAGGGCCCUAUGAUGUCACCACCAAGGACCCCUUCCAGGACCUCACGGAGAAUGCCUUCACCUUCGAAUACGAUGACACCACAUACUCCCAGCCCAUCGAUGAGGAGGAUGGAGUGCUGGGUCCCGGCGCCAUCACUGCCAUCGUGGUCGCGGUGAUCCUUGGGGCCUCUGUGCUCAUUGCCCUUAUUGCUAUCACUCUCAAGAAGUUCACCACUGCCUAGAACUGCCCCUCAGGCCCCCCUUCCCAUCAGCCCCUCUUUCUCAUUGC